CCCUCUUUUCGCUGCAAAAACCCUAAAAAAUAAAAUUUCCCUUCUUUUCAAUUCAUUCCUUUCUUUUCUUUUUGCUCUCCACUCGUUUUUUUUCUUCUCCACUUCCUUCAUUCCUUCCCAGAUCCAACAUUCCGGGCUUUCUUCUCCUCCAGCUUGGACUUGUGGAAGCGCUUCUCUGAUCAUUUCCGGGUAAAUUCGACUACUUAAAAAGAAGGGUUUUCUUGUUUAAAGUUCGAGGUCUGGGUCUCAUGAGAAUUUUUAGGGGAAUGCAGAAAUCGUUUUGCAAGGAGCAGCAGAGGGAGCUGGGCUGGAACAAUAUUUUUUGCCGAGGUUUGGGUGUCACUGCUCCCAAGGCAAGAACUCGUGACAAACCCAUGCCUACUGCCUUCUUGACUCUCUAAGCUUGCUUCUUGACGCUGAUAAUUGGGCUCCUCAUUCAUUUCUUGAGGCUUUCUUUGAUAACACCACUCCAAUGACGAGGGUUCUUAUACCGAGAGGUUCCUCCGGUGGUUCUUCUUCUACAAACCCCAACCGAUCUUCUGCCCCUGCUUCUUCAUCAUCUCGCCCUGAACAACAUGUUUCCACUCCCCCACAGCCAGCUUUGAAGGAUGAGGAACUUGGAGAGAUUGUACAAGAACAGUCUACUGUUGAUGAGGUUUUGGAUACUGCCAAUAGCGAAAGCAAGACAGUUAAAACAGAUGAUGUUUUAAUCGAAGGGUCUUGUAAUGAUCACCAGAUGGAAAUUUUGAGGGAGGAACUUUCUGGAGACAAUGAGAAAGUCGUUAAAGAUGAUACCGUGGAUCAAGGGGAACCGGCUAGAAUAGUAUCGGAUCAGUUGCUAAUUCCUGAAAGGAAUGUAACUGAAAACGAGUGCUGUAAAGGGGAUUCCUCACAGGCCAUUCGAGGGAAUUCACCACCGCCACCACCCCCUGCCCCACCACUCAAACCUUCUUCAGUGAGUUCAUCAAACACAAGGAGACAUGUCUUGGGAAGUUCAAAUGCUGGCAGAAUUGGGUCCUCAAGAAGUGGCAUUCCCUGGUCUGUCGUUUCAAAUAGAACCUCCCUCACUGGGUCACGCCCUUCAUCUCCAAGAUCACAUGUUGAUAGUGAGGGUUACAAUAGUGCUGAUGAGCAGAACUCAUGUUAUGUGUCCUAUUAUGAUCAGGAAAGAGAGAGGCAAUUUGAGGCUGAAAUUAGGCGGGUAAAGGGUUUUGAAGUUAAAAGAAUGCUGGAGGAUGGGAAUUGCCUCUUUCGUGCUGUUGCAGAUCAAGUGUAUGGGGAUUCUGAAGCAUAUGAUCUGAUUCGCCAGAUGUGCAUAGAUUACAUGGAGCGUGAAAGGGAUCACUUUUCCCAGUUCAUAACUGAAGGAUUUACAUCUUAUUGCAAGAGGAAAAGAAGAGACAAGGUAUAUGGAAAUAAUGCCGAAAUCCAAGCUCUUUGUGAGAUGUAUAAUCGACCUAUCCAUAUUUUUUCUUAUGGAACAGAACCUAUUAACAUCUUUCAUGGAAACUAUGCUACUGACCUGCCUCCCAUUCGGUUGAGUUAUCAUCAUGGAAAUCAUUACAACUCUCUUGUUGAUCCACGGCGCUUAGCAAUUGGAGCAGGGCUUGGCUUCAGCAGUCUUCGAGGGGCAAAUGUUGACAAGGAUAAAGUGAAGGCUGCUUUAAAAGCGCAGCAAGAUCAACAGCUUGAUAAUGCUCUUCUUGCUCAAGGACGGUAUUUCUCAGAUCUUGAGGUAACUGAAAAGGAGAUCGAGCAGAUGGUGAUGGAAGCUUCAAGAGCUGAAUAUCUUGCUAAAUACUCCUUGAAGCAGCAAUUAGACCGAAGAGACAACUCCACCUCGGGUGCAGAACCGUCUUCUUCAGGCGCCAGGUCUUCGGGAAGUGAGGGUAACUGUAAGCGAGAGAGUGGGGUGCAGGAGUCAGUUUUAAGCAAUGGGAUGCGAACGGUGCUUUCGAUGGGGUUCAGUUAUCUACAGGUGAUUGAAGCUUAUAGCAUAUUUGGAGAUGAUGUGGAUUCAAUGGUUUGUUAUUUGUUGGAAACUGGGGAUAGCAGCAGACGCAAAGGCAAAGCCACAGAAUGAUGAAGGGAAAGCAGCAGCAGCUAUUACCUUAGGACAAUGAUGGAAGAAGGUUGGUCUUUCUCCUCUAUCUCUAUUCCAACAUCAUUUGUUUCACUUAGAAAGUGAAGAGAUGUUAAAGGAAGUAGAGGGCAUGUUGCAACUAACUUGAAUCCUGUUCUAGUAUGGUAUGAUAUAAUAAAGCAAACUCUAUUACAAGCUC